UACACAGAACACGUAAUUAAUCUAUAUUAAUCAUAAAACCCGAUAGAAACCAUUCAUAAUUAUGGGAUUUACGCUUAUAAAUCUCAUCUGAUGUUUUAUUAAUCAUAUUUGUUGAAAGUGAGCUUGCAUUAGUGAGCAAUCAACACCAGAACAAACAGGACAAAGCGCACAAACGGUCACUUUUACGCACGCUUCUUGUGCCAAAUAUAGAAACACAGCAGUGUGUCAGCUGUAGAAACCCGAGACAGUAGCCUCUGAAAGGCCCAAUCCCGGAAUUCCCACAGACCCCUAAGCACUUCAGCAGACCACCACACAGACACAGGAAACCAACAGGAGCAGACCGAAGAAGCAGACUAAUAUGUGGGAUAUCAUCUCAUCAUGGUUGCAUUUUGCGCUAAAGGAGACGCGUUGUUGACGUUGCUUUGUUCGACCUUAGUCUUUAUGACAGCCGCGCAAUAUGAAAACUACAAUUUCAGAAAUUUUCCCAAAGAGGAGCUCAUGCCCCUCACCACUGCGUAUGGAUUGGCUUUGGACAAUUACGCAGCAGAGAAGUGGACGGAGUCGAUCACGUAUUUGGAAUUGAGUUUGCGUUUGCACCGGCUUCUUAAAGAGAGUGUAAGAUACUGCAUGAGGCACUGCAAUAGUAGCAAACGCGAAGAACCGUCCUUUACAGAAAGCCGGGACCUCCGCUUCUACUGGCACGUUAUGAUGACAGCGUCCUGUCAGAAGAAGUGCAGAGCGCACUUCCCCGCACUGCAGCUCCCUCCUCCCGGCAGAGAGAUCUUGGAGGAUUUCAGCAGAAGAUCUCCCUACAGACACCUGCACUUUGCGCACUCCAGGCUGAAUGACCUGCAGAGUGCUGUCCCAUGUGCCUACACCUACCUCCAGAAGAACCCCGAAGACCAGGAGAUGCACCAGCUGAUGGAGACGUACAAGAGCCAGUACGACCUGAGCGGCUACCUCACCGACCAUGAGGAACAACCAUUUGAGGCCUCCUUUCUGAGAGGAGUGAAACUCAUCAAUUCAGGUGACUACAGCAGCAGUGUUGAACACAUGGAGGAAGCUCUGAGGCUCUACCUCCAGGAGUAUGAUCUCUGUCAGGCAGACUGUGAAGGGAUCUGUCAACUUUCACCACACAGUGACUUCUAUGCAGUCAUAGCAGAGGUUUCUGUUGACGUAUUACACUGUAAGCUGAAGUGUGAAGAAAACUUGCUGCCUAACAUUGGGGGUUAUUUUGUGGAGAAAUUUGUGGCCACUAUUUACCACUACCUCCAGUAUGCCUAUUAUAAGUUAAACGAUGGCCGCAGUGCGUUGCCCUGUGCGUACAGCUACUUCCUGUUUGAACCUGAGGACCAGGUCAUGAAGCAGAACCUGCUGUAUUAUAAAGCCUACAGUGAACAGUGGGGCCUUCAGCACAACCACUUCACACCCAGGACGGAGGCUCUCAAACACUACAACCGCACAGUCACUCAAAAGCAGAUGCUGACAUCUGCAAAGAAGUACUUAGAGUUGGAUGACGAGGAUUUUUUUGGUACAGAGGAAGCUGCACUUUUGGCCUCUGAGUCUCCCGAUGUCGAGUUUGAAGAGAUGGGAGACUACGAGGAAUCCUUCUACGCUGACUGGAGGCAGCCGAAGGGCAAAGGAGAUGCUGGGGAGUCAACUACCUGAAGAGAGCUGAGAGUGAGGACAGUAGAUUGGAAAAAUGUCUGAUUUUUCGUUAGUCAGUAAUUUUAGAGCGAGUUACCACAAAAAGAAAUGCUGGUCUAACCCUAA